AUGGGACAUGAGGAGCAUGGAGGGACUUGGCAUGGACGCAGCUCAACUGGAUACGCAAAGGAAGAAGGAGAAGCCAUCUUGAAGACCAGCUCGACCACCUCGAGUUCCUCAACUCGACCGGCCAAGCUUCAACUCGAUCGAGCUGGAAGUCAAAGCGAUUCUCCACAUGGAAGUGAUGGAAAUCGCUGGAAAAGGUCCACUAAGAGCUCCAAUAUCUCUUGCUCGAAAUGGAGGUCUAAGGGGUUGGAUGGAUUAGUUUGGGCAAUGAUCCUAUGGCCUCCAAGGUUUGAUUCUCACUGGCUAACCCCCUGUUUCUGA